AUGCGUUUCAUCUCACAGAAUACGUCCCUCCCAGUCCCGAAAAUCCUCUGCACUUUCACACAUAGAGAUUGUUCUUACACUUUGAAGGAAAGGAUUAAAGGAGACAUGAUUGGCAUCGGCUGGGUCAAUCGAAGUGAAUAA